ACAUUAGUUUCCAUGCGCGAUUUUCCGAUCGUUUAACGUUAUGGUCCAGGGCUUAUCUUUACGUUAAACAAAAUAAAAAAAAGUAUUGAAAACGAAUCGUGAUUAAAUGUAGUUAACUCAGUGCCUGAUUUUUUAUUUAAAUAUGGCCGAGGAGAACCUCGACGGUCCGGAAUACGAAAAAUUAGGAAAAAAUAGACGACAUGAAGGAUUUUCCCGAGCAGAAGUGCUUAAUGAAUUAUCACCCCCCGUAGACAAGUAUAAUUUAGUUUAUUUGUCUUUUAUGAGCGGCGGCAUUGGGUUUCUACUUCCAUAUAAUAGCUUUAUUAUGUCAGUAGACUACUUCAAAUCCAAAUAUCCAGAUAGUCCAGUUGUUUUUGACAUGUCUUCGGUUUAUAUAAUCACAGCUUUGAUAACUGUAUUUGGAAAUAACAUGUUGGUUGAGAUGUUCUCUUUGCACUCAAGGAUAUUUUUUGGUUAUGUUGUAUCUAUAAUAACACUUUUGUUAGUAAUGAGUUGUGAAGUAUAUUACGAGGUUUUCGAAACUAGAGGAUCUUAUACUGCGAAUUUAAUAGCAGUCGCUGUAGUCGCCAUUGGCUGCACAGUGCAACAAUCUAGUUUCUAUGGAUACGCCAGUAUGUUACCGCCACAGUAUACACACGCUGUAAUGGUUGGGGAAAGUGUGGCUGGUGUUGGUACUUCUUUGGUUCGAAUAACGACGAGGUUUUUUAUAAAAGAUCUUCGUCAGAGUACAAUCGAUUUUUUAUUGGUAUCGAUAACUACAGUGGGACUCUGCGCUUUGAUCUACCCUCGUAUCAGAAAGACUGACUUUGUACAAUUUUAUUUAGGACUUUGCGAAAGGGAAAAAACAAAAAUUACUCUCGAGCCCAAAGAGGAUGCUGGCUUAAUAGAAGUACAAGAUACGCGUUACGGUAUACUUAAAAUUCAAACCAGUCCGCCGCCAGCUUCUUCGAAUGUGAUGAGCUUUUCGAAUCCCGUCUACGAACCUUCAGACACGGCUGUUAGACCAACUUACAAAGUCGAAGAUGUCCUCAUAGCUAGCGGAGGAUUAACCGUCACAAAUACUGACAGAUUUGGUUGGUCUUCAUUUAAAGAAGGUAUGCGAGCUCGGUGGACGGUUAUACAGAAGAUAUACCCUUACAUGGUAUCGAUAUUUUUAGUAUAUUUCACAACACUCUGCCUUUAUCCAGGUAUAACUUCCGAAGUCGUCAGUUGUCACAUGGGACAAUGGAUGCCCAUGUUGAUGAUGAUAGAUUUCAACUGCGCAGACGUGAUAGGUAAACUAAUGGCAUCUACUAGAUAUUGGACGGGACCACGUCUACUGAAAUGCUCCAUUGCAAGACUGACGAUCAUACCAGCAAUGGCGUUAUGCGCAGUACCACCAUUGACAAAUUUUGGUUUCCUCAGCAGCGAUCUGUUAGCAUUCGGCUACUCUAUUAUCCUAGGAUUAUCCAAUGGAAUACUAGGAAGCGUUCCCAUGAUCCAAGGACCCACAAAAGUGCCUCGGUGCUAUCGAGAAUUAGCUGGUAAUAUGAUGACGUUAUACUACAUGUGGGGACUAGCGACCGGUUCUGUAGGAGCCUACGCUCUCGAAAAAAUAUUGAGACCCAUGAAAGUGCAUCGGUAUUGUGACAACAGACCUGACAAAUAUAUCCGCAUCGAUUUAUCGAAAAGUACGAACUUGACGGAUUUAACGACGUUGACUACUGCUUCGACGUCUACUAUAGUCGCGACGAUAUUGUCCAAUCUAUCCACUAUGAAUACUACCGAAAUUAUAUAAACGCCUUUUUCUUGUUUUACGUUGUUUAUAUAAUUAGUUUAUUCCUAUUUUGUUGAAUGUGUAAUAAAUGUUUUGCGUUU